AUGGAUUCAGACAAUUCAGAUAAUUACGAUCAAGAAUUUUGGGAGUUGAUUGAAGAAGAAAUUAUGGACGAUAGUGAUGAAGAACAACAACUUCAGAAUGAACGUCAAUCUGGAAGUUCCUCUCGGCCAAAGAAAAGGACAACGGUAGAUCGAGGUCGUGAAGAAGGGCACAAUCGAUUAUUCAACGACUACUUCUCGGAAAAUCCAGUAUACACAGAUGUUCAAUUCCGAAGAAGGUUCAUAAUGCAUAGGCAUGUAUUUCUUCGAAUUGUAGAUGCCCUUGGAAAUCAUGAUGAAUAUUUCCAAAUGAGGGUUGAUGCAACUGGUAAAUGGGUCUUUCACCAUUGCAGAAAUGGCGUGAAUGAUGUAUUUGGGGCUGAGUAUUUGAGAAAGCCUAACAACACUGAUGUUGAACAUCUUUUACAAAUGGGAGAGUCACGUGGCUUUCCAGGUAUGUUGGGUUUCAUUGAUUGUAUGCAUUGGGAAUGGAAAAAUUGUCCUGUUGCAUGGAAAGGACAGUAUUGUCGAGGUGAUCAUGGUUCAAACAAUGACAUUAAUGUGUUAAACCAAUCCAACUUGUUUAACGAUAUUUUGGAAGGACAUGCUCCCAAUGUGCAAUAUACAAUCAAUGGGACAUCAUAUAAUAUGGGGUAUUAUUUAGCAGAUGGUAUAUAUCUUGAGUGGGCUACAUUUGUCAAGACCAUUUCAAUGCCACAGGGAGAAAAGAAAAAAUUAUUUGCUCAACAUCAAGAAUCAGCUAGAAAAUAUGUGGAGCGGGCAUUUGGAGUGCUUCAAUCUCGAUUUGCAAUUAUACGUGGCCCAGCGCGUGCCUGGCACAUGGAGACCCUCAAGUAUACCAUAUAUGCCUGCAUCAUAUUGCACAACAUGAUUGUGGAAGAUAAACGUCAUACAUAUGGAGGUAAUUUUGAUUACUCUUAUGAUAAUGUGGAUAACAACAACUCAACAAUUCAACAACUGAAAUAUUUAGCGGUCCUCAUUUGA